GACACAAUUAAAACUCACAAAAGGACCAGUAGUGGAAACAACGCCUCAAUUACCAAAAUCACCGUUCGUUUACUGUGGCAUUUGUGAUUUCAAAUCUGAAGACGAGACUGUUGCAACAGAGCAUUUUAAUGAGCAUUGUGCUAAAAAUAUUCUCAACUGUGGCUUAUGUGACUUUGCUGGCUCCGACUCUGCUCACAUGGUGGCACAUAGAUUUAAACACAGUCCACCAGAGUAUAGACACAAAAAGUCUUGCCCGACUUGUCUAAAAUGGUACAAAACAAUAAGUGGUGUAGAAUUCCAUUAUAGGUCCACACAUUUGAAUAAACCUGGGGGAUUGUGUAAUAUUUGUGGCAAAAGUUUUAAAAACAGAAAAGCUUUUAAAUACCACAUGAUAGCCCAUGAUGAAGUUCACGCAUAUAUUUGUGACAUUUGCCAACAAGAAUACAGAUCAAGAAAAUAUUUAUUGGAACAUCUUCGUGUACAUAAACGUAGACAUGCUUUUGUCUGCCAAUAUUGUGGAAAGAACUUUAGAAAAAAAUAUAAUUUAAAUUUACAUAUCGAGUGUGUCCACACGGAGUCUAAGUCUCUGGUAUGUAACCAUUGCAAUCGGGUCUUCAAGAAUCAGCACACUUUGCAAAUGCAUCUCAAACGAAUGAUUCAAGAGAAAAUAUACAUUUGCGAUUAUUGUUCCAAAGGCUUCCCUACUCUUAAAACGUUAGAGAAACAUCUAAUAUGGCACAGUGAUGACCGGCCGUUUGCUUGUUCAAUAUGUAACAAGGCAUAUAAAAAUAAAUCUCAGCUGACGAAACAUCAAAUGGCUCACACCGGACAACGCUACAAAUGCCCUAUUUGUAGUAAAGAAUUUGUGUCACAAGGAUCGUUUAAAAGGCAUCAAAGCGUUCACACAGGCGUUCGAAGUGUUAAAUGUGUAAAUUGUAAUCAUACAUUCCACAGUAAGAAACAAAUGAUUGCGCAUUGUAAUCGAAAACAUCCCGCAUCUUAG